AUGGAGUCUUUCCUUCCUCUCGGUGGCUUCCAGCUGCCUUUCCAGAGGAGGCUUAGCCGGCUGUACAAUGAUACAAAAAAAUCCUCAGACUUUGUCAAAGAACCUUCAUCAGAAGACCCUGAGAUCAAGGCCAUGCACCGCAAGCUCAAAAUUCAAAAGGAUAGGUUGGUAAGUUGGGGACUGGAAUGGUCGGAUCCGUCGAACCAGAAUGCAGAAAUAGACGAGUCUCUGUCCAAAGCUGGCCUUAGCGACCUCGUCGGGAGUAUCAUGUCCACUAUAAAAGACAUCCUCGCUGAGGCAGAGCCACUGUGGUUGAGUUCAAAGCGCAGAAUUGGCGAAAAGGAACCUGAAGGACCAACUGGAGAUAAGAAGCUCCCAAUAGUGGUAUGGGACAAAGGACGGUUUGAGGACUUGAUCAAGGACCUGACAGCCUCGAUCGAUACUCUUCACGAUUUGUCACGAACAAGAUCAUCGGCCGCAACGUCGGCACGGGCUGCCAGAUCGAACAAGUCGACCGAAGAGGCGAAGCCAUUUGGUUCGACUCGCAUUCAGACACCACAGCAGAUCGACCCUAGUACGCUCACAAAUAUCAAAUCUAUGCAAGCUGAACCCAUGAUGUCGCCCAUCGCCGAGAGCCCACGACCACAGGAGGUCAUUUUCAUGAGCAAACAGGCCUACUCGGAUCUUAAUCGCCCUGGGCUUCAGUCAUACUCACCUCUCCUUCUCGAGUUCGCCGCUUUCGACCCUGUCUACUCUGCGACUGGGAUCAUGCCAUCCAUGUCUCGUUUUGAGAAUUUGAGCACGGGGCUGCAGACUGAUUCUCACAGGUCACCCGGUGCUUGGAUAGGUCUACCACUACUAUUAGGAUAUUACGAAGACAUGGAAAAUUCAAGAUUGGGACUUGUGUACCAGUUUCCCAAGGAAUUCCAGCCCGUCACCUUCGAGAACCUGACGCAAAACCCCAUUGAUAACAUGUGUACGCUUGGCGAGCUACUCUCACGGCCUGGUUUCGAACCUAGAUUGGAGGCCAAGUUCCGUUUGGCCCAUAACCUCGCCAAUACGAUUUUCGACAUGCAUGCGCGUGGGAUUACCCAUGGUAACCUUCUAGACACGACCGUUUCAUUUUGCAGCCCUGCAGGAAGCGAGCCGGGUAUGCAGCUUGAUGGUGUUGAUAUUCGAAAACCGCUGAUCUCAUCAUUUGAUCUCUUUGCAGAUGAGGGACCUCAAACAUUCACCACGUCCACGACAUUGCACCGCCACCCACUCGACCCAAGGACAACGGCGCAGUCACCAUUGGCUAGCAAUCGCGACACUAAAACCUUGGAUCUUUAUUCUUUAGCAAUGAUUCUCGUCUCUAUUGGACUGUGGACAAGGCUGGAGAACUUGAUACCCAAUCCCACGUCCCCCAGCAUCCCGGAAUCAGUGCUUGAACAGCUGGCAAUCCAGUGCGGCACACUAUACAUGAGAGCUGUUCAAGUUUGCUGGAAUGCAGUCGAGCAGGAACUCGCUCGUCCAGGUUCUAGUGACGAGAUUCUAAGCCAGGUUCAAAUACGUGCCAGUCGAUAUCUCGAGGCUUGCAGUAUUCUUGAUGGGGUGAAUGCCCUAGACGACAGGAUUAGUGAAGAUAUCGGUGAUGUUCCACUCACUGCGCGUGAGCGGCAACCAUCUCUUGCUAUAUCCAUGUCGUCACUGGCAGGUCCAUCGGCAGAGGGCAAACAGUCCAGAUCAACCGCAACGACGCCAGUCAUACCCGAGCGAAAACAAGGACCACCCAGAGCGCCAAUAUCAGCCCCAAAGAGUAAGUUUCCAUGCCAGAGACAUCAGAAUUAUACUUACAUUACCAGUCCGCAAAAAGCCGAGUCCACGAAGCUUCGCCUCUACCCACAGAUCCCGUUACCCGCUGAGGCUGUCGAGCAAUGGAAUAAGACAGUAAUGCCGCAAAUCAAUAUGGCUUUGCGACCGUUCUGUCGCAAGCAUCCUGAGUCAGUAGAGAUCACACUAGAAUCGAUCGGUGAGUCUCCGCAGAAGACGACGCCGACUGUCCUGGUGGUUUGCACAUCCGUCAGCAAAGUUCGUACAAUUCUGAGAAAGAAGCUUGGUGCAUUUUUCGACGAAGGUACAGGGUUUGGUCUUAAGGUCUGCAGAGGAUCCGUUGUGCGGUCGCGCAAAGGAGAGACCAGUAGGGGUAUGGCGCAUAAUGAGAAGACAGGCGGGGACGGAGAAGCUGAGCAUUCUGCAGCCAACCCUGGAUUUCAGGUCAGGCCUCAAAAUGGUGCAAGCAUAGGCGCUUGGAUAGGUGACCGCCAUCUCCCCCCUGUCAGUUUUGGCGGCCUUAUUACCGUAAAUGACAAAACAUAUGGAAUGACUGUUCACCAUAUGCUCGACGACCAAGAAGAGAUGCGCACGCAUUCACUUGAUGCCAUAAUGGCUGCCCCGCCGAUGCGCAGUAGCGCUGCUGCGCAAGACUUCUCCUACCUGGAAGCAGAAUCUACGGAUGAGAGCAGCGGUAGCGAGGACUACGCAUGCGAGUUUUCCGACACCGAGUCCGACUACUCGGCUACAGACUUUACGAGCGACGACGAAGAAGACGAGGGUGAAUACGAAGAGGAUGGCGACAUCCCAGGGGUCGAACCAGGUUGUGGUGAAGGCUAUGUCAUCACCCAGCCAGCUUUUGACGAUGUCCAAAAGGACUUCUAUCCGUCGGAAGACACGGAAGCUGAAGAUCACCUGGAUACAUACCGCCUUGGUGAGAUAUAUGCUACCUCGGGCAUCCGGAGGCGUUACGAGCCAAAUGGAUACGUGCAUGAGAUUGAUUGGGCGCUAUUUGAGUUUCAGGAGGACAGAUUUCCUGAGGACAACCAUCUUCCUCGGUUGAAAUUACCCGAGCAGAGUCCUGGCUCACGAGCCGUUCUCUUCCAGCCUACUGCUGUGGCAACUUCAGCCGAGUUACCUGGCAUGGAGGUCCAGUGUAGUGCUCGCACAAGUGGUCUUCAGACAGGCAAAAUCUUGCCUGCGAUUGCUUCUAUCAAAAUCUACGGACGUACGUCCAUGAGUCAGACGUACCAAGUCAGUAGCAAGGCGGCUUCUGAAGGUAUACCCCCUUUGGGCCCUAUGAGCGCCUCCUCGCCCAAUGCCCGCACCAUUCCUGGUGCCUCACUCGGUAUACCCGGAGACUCUGGAGCUUGGAUUAUUGAUCGACGCAAGGGCGAUCUAUGUGGUCAUGUAUUGGCAUUUAGUCACAGGAAGCAAGUUGCUUAUAUUUCUCCGAUGGAUAUCCUCAUCAAGGACAUUGCCGAGACUCUCGAUGCAUCAGAAGUAAGACUAGGAGGAGCGCGUAUCUUCGGGAGGGACUCAAAGAAGAUUGGUGGUGACAUGGGAUCAAAUGACGAGGAUCUGAGUGAUUUAUUGGAAGAUGAAAAUGAUGACGAUUCUGACGAGGCACAGCACCAACUGGCUAGAAGCAUGAGAGCCCUUACCAACGACAUGGAUAGGAUGCGUUUCGAGACUGGGAUGGUAUCAUGA